AUAUUCAUAUUUAUUCUUCUCUUUUUUAAAAAAAAAAUAAAAAAAUAGUAAAAUAUCCCUAACUUUGUUAAAUAAAAACAGUCGAGUUUUUCUUUAACUCGGUCUUCUUCUUACUAUAAUGGUAUAUCGGCUUCGAAACGAGUCUGAGACUCAGCUUUCCAACUCGCCCGAGUUCAACUCAGCCAUGCAUAUCAUUUCCUAAGAUUUUUGAACAGCCAUAAAUCUCAAUCUCAGUGGGCAAAGGAAACUUGAGCUUCAUAUCCAAUGUCAGCAGUUAUACCUCCGCCACUACCGGAUGUCAUCAUCCCAAGCCUCCCAAACGAUCUGGCAUUGAACAUUCUAGCCCGUGUGCCAAGACAGUACCACUUGGUCCUCUCAGCUGUAUCCAAAUCCAUCAAAUUUACCCUUUCAUCGCCUCAACUAUACACAACAAGAUCUCUCCUCAACCUCACCGAAAACCUGCUCUAUUUCAAGGUCUCCUCCACGUCCCUAGGUUGUUGUGAGAACUGGUUCGCCAUCUAUCAAAAGCCAACCGUCUCAGCUGACCCCAUUUGCAAUGGCCUUCUUCGAUUUGCCCGACUCCCAUCAAUCCCAUAUAAAUUGCAUGGACAUGUUGAAGCUGUUGUGGGCCACAAUAUCUACGUCAUUGGUGGCCACUACAUUGAUGAAUCCGAUUUUAUCAUACCUUCUUCUUACGUGUGGAUACUCGAUUGUCGCUCUCACACAUGGCAGCAAGGUCCAAGCAUUGGAAUACCGCGCUUCGAUGCUUCUGUAGCCGUAGUGGACGAGAAGAUUUAUGUGAUUGGAGGGUGGACGGAGGAAUCAUGGGUAGAAGUGUUUGAUCCAGUGAUAGGACAAUGGGAACACAUUCCAAGUCCACUUGACGGGCGCAAAUCCAAUUUUACAGAAGUGGAAGUUGUGAACGGUAUAAUCUUAAUCAAAUUACGAAGUAAUAAGAAUGAGUUUCGACUGAAUCCGGAGACUAGGAUGUGGGAGGUGUCUGAACAUGACGAGCCAUUCUGUGGUCGAAUGGAUUGCAAGGUUAAUGGGGUCACUUACCGUUGUGAGAGUAAUAAUAACGGGAGAAUCGAAUGGUAUGAUGAUAGUAAAAGGAGAUGGAAAGAGGUCAAAGGUGUGAUGGAAGGGAUGCCCCGGUUCGUGUGUAAUGCCAAAUUGGUCAAUUUGAAAGGGAGAUUGUUUAUGAUGUUUGGAGAGGUGAGUUAUGAGAGUUCUACAAGGGGAGUUUACAAGUUAUGUGGUGGAGAAAUUGAAGUGAGUAGAAGAAAUGAAGGAGACAAUGUUGAUUUGUGGGGUGAGGUUCAUAAGCUUACUUUGCUUCCAGAAGGGCCUUGGCGUAUUUCUAAACCAAGCUCUGAAUUUAAGGUUUUGUACUACGAAAGCAAAUCUUUUUCUGUGAAGAUUUGAAUUGGUUAUUAUUAGUUUUUCCUUUAUUACAAUGGUUAUUAUGAUUAGGUGUUGAAGAAUCGGGCUUUUUGGCUCAACUUUUCUGUGGAUGCUUAAUUAAUGGGAAAUUUACAUGGUAUACCAACUUUUGCUAUUUUUUUACAAAAAUACUGCCAAGCGGUAUUUUUUACUUUUUUACUGUAUUUUUUUAUAAAUUUCAUACUGCAGUAUAAUGUGUUAAGUUUCAUUGGUGUUCUACUGGUGUUUUAUUAGUGUUCUACUAUUGUUUUGAGUUAUACUGCUUUGUGUUUUAUUGGUGUUUUAUAAAAACACAGUAUUUUUAAAAAAAUUUCCGUGUGACAGUAUUUUUGUAAAAGCUAACUGAAAUUCCAGUAUUUUUGUAAGUUUCCCUAAUUAAUUUAAGCUGGUAUUAUUAUUUUUCUUAAAUGAAAGUAUAUAUUGAUGGAGUAGGAAGACAAGUUUGAUUAAUACUUA